AUAUUUGCAUAUGCAUGAAGCUGGCCUGGCCAUAGCCUAGGAGGUGGAGCCUCUGGGGGUGGGAAUAGGGCGGACCUCUCCCCCCUCCCACAAGCUGGCUGGUAUAUACAGCAGCAGGCUCUGCCCUUGCUCCCGCACUGCUGAGAAGCUGAGCCUUCCUUCUGCGACCCCUGUCCCCCCAGUCCUUUGCUGCUCUCCGCACAGCUGCGCCCUUCUUUGCAGCCCCCCUAAACCCCCUGCAUCCAGCCGACGCCGCCACCUUUGCCUGCCUCUUCCUUCCACCAGGGGCUCUGUGCAUCGUCGCCCCUGCUGCCUUUGCCUUCCACAGCUCUUACUCCAGAUUUCGGGGGACUCCCCCCGCUUCCCUACUCCUCGCUGCUUCAACCCCAGCUCUCCUUACAUCCUCGUCGAGCCACUUAUUUUUACACCCACUGUUGCUUCUUCUCUGGGCUGUUUUGGGGGGCCGUUGCAAUCCCCCCUUUGGGCUUUGCUUCUUCCCACUCUGCGUUGACUGUACCCCCUUUUCGUUGCCUUUAGUCCUGUGCCUAGCGCCUUUUCCCUUCAUCUCUGCUAUAGCUACUGGUGCUCCCGCUUCCUCUUGGGCAUCGCACCCGAGAAUCCAAGGCAGAGAGCCUCCCGCCCGCCGGGCUCGACUCCCUUGGGGGUCUUCCCAGCCCGUUGCGCCUAGGCUUUCUUGAAGCCCCCCCGCCCCCCUCGUGGCCUCUCAUCCACCUUCUCCAGGCCUGCUUCGCCCCCAGCCCCAGAGUCGAAGAGAUGGUCACUGAAAAGGAGAAGAAGACCCGUGGACAGGUGCUGGAGGAAUGGAAAGAGUUCGUGUGGAACCCGCGGACUCGCGAGUUUAUGGGCCGUACCGGGACCAGCUGGGCCUUCAUCCUCCUCUUCUACCUCGUCUUCUAUGCGUUUUUAACUGCUUUGUUCACCCUCACCAUGUGGGUCAUGCUGCAGACUCUCUCAGACCACAUCCCCACAUACCAGGACCAGCUUGCAACACCAGGCCUGAUGAUUCGUCCCAAGACUGAAAACCUUGAGGUUUUGGUCAACCUCAGUGACUCCCAAAGCUGGAAGAAGCAUGUAGAGAUACUUGAUAAAUUCCUGGAGCCUUACAAUGACUCAAUCCAGGCCCAGAAGAAUGAUGUCUGCCGCCCAGGGCACUAUUAUGAACAACCGGACAACGGGGUUCUCAACUAUCCCAAGCGGGCUUGUCAGUUCAACAGGACACAACUGGGUGACUGUUCAGGGCUUAGCGACCCUACCCACUAUGGCUACAGCACUGGUCAGCCCUGCGUCUUUAUCAAGAUGAACCGGGUCAUCAACUUCUAUGCAGGAGCCAAUCAGACCAUGAAUGUUACUUGUGUUGGGAAGAGGAAUGAGGAUGCUCAAAAUCUUGGUGACUUUGCUAUGUUCCCUGCCAAUGGCAAUAUUGACUUGAUGUAUUAUCCCUACUAUGGCAAGAAGUUCCAUGUGAAUUACACGCAGCCCUUGGUGGCUGUAAAGUUCAUGAAUGUGACCCCCAAUGUGGAAGUAAAUGUUGAGUGCCGCAUUAAUGCAGUCAACAUUGCCACUGAUGAUGAGCGGGAUAAAUUUGCUGGCCGAGUAGCCUUCAAGCUUCGAAUAGUAAAGAUCUGAGCCUAAUCACUUGCAACCCUCCCUCCUCAUCUUCCUGUCUCCCCCAGGGCUUUAUGGAAUGUGCUUUCUGGAUGCCUCCUUCCCUGCCUGAUCUCCUUUCCCCCUCCUUCCCCAACCCCCUCCUUGCCCCAAAGCUAUUUUUUAAAACCUAGAACUGUAAUUCCACACCCUUUCUCAACUCCCAUCCCUGUUGGGUGGUAGCCACUUUGAUUGCCUAGAAGAAUACCUUCUCUCACAGUAGCUAUGCCAGAUGUUUAAGAGCAGGGUGGCCAUCUUUGCCCCUUUAUUGCCCAAUUCUAUUCCUAAUGCUGUCCUGGUUCUUUGGCUACAGUGGAAUACUCUUGCAAUCACCCCUUCUCCCCUUUCUCAUUUAUAUGGAGCCAACACACAAUCCCUCUUCUCAGUCUUCAUGGCUUCCUUGGUAGUGGUAGUGAGAGUGGGUCUUGGUGGUGGUGGGGGUCAUUCUUCUACCCUUCACCUACCCUUUCAAAGCUACAGAUGGAUUACAGUGUUCUGGGAAUAAGAUGGGAAACUGUCUUGGCUCCCCCUAUCCCCCAUUUACUAAUCCUUUCCCUCUCCACCAAAAAUUUUUUUGGUGUCCCAUUUUUGAGUGAAGGAUGGGAUCUGUCCACUUCCCGCCCCCCCUCAUUUUCUACACUCCAUUUCCUACUGAAGCCAUUUAAUUUUGCCAUUUCUAGGUCUCCUAUUUCCAGUUUCCUACCCCCCCUCCCCAUAUGGUGGAUGUCUGAGCUGAAAAAAUGGGGUGCCCUCUCCCCUUCCCUGGAAGGGGUAUUUAGAACAGGGAUUCCAUUUUGUUUCUUGACUGGAAAUUCAGAAAUUCCCAUCCUUCCUAUAACCUUGUGAUUGCUGCUCCAAAAGGCUAUUGAGAUAUGUAGUCAAUUUUAUCUCUGCAAGAUUUCCUUAUAAACAUUUCCCUGGAGCAUUUUCUUCCCACCCAGCUCCAUUUUCCAGAGCUUUGGGUGGCCAUCUUUGAACUGGCUUUGUCCCCAGUAGCCACCUUGGAAACCUCAUCUGACCAUGGUAAUAUGCCAUCUCCUUUCUCUGUGCUCCCUAGUUUAGCUUUUCUUGGCAAAUCAUUGGCUAAUUACUAACACUCUUUCCACUUUAAUAUCAACUUGAAAGUUUUAAAUAUUCUCAAUUUUGAAAAUGGCUCCUCUUCCAAACCCCCUCUGCCUUUUUAGCUCUAUAAUUCCCAUAAAAUGUUUAAAGAGGCCCCUGCUCAGAGGUAUUUUUUUAAUCACAGAGGUUUUUUAAUACUUCUCCUUUCCCAUCCCAAUCCAGUCUCCCCUAUUAAUGCUGCACUUUUCUUCCUUGGGUCUGUCCCUUUUCUCUUAAUCAGGCACGGCCUGGGUUCAAAUCCUGCCUUUGAUACUUAUUACCUGUGUGACCAUGGGCAAAUUUUUUAAUCUUUGAGACUCAGUUUCCUCAUCUGUAAAAUGGGGAAUAAUACCUAUAGUUCCUAUCUCACAUGGUUGUUGUGAGGUAAAGUGAGAUUAAUGUAUGUAAAACAUGUUUCAAAACGUAGAUAUAUAAAUGUCAGCUAUUAUUUUGUCUCACCCCCACCUCUAUUCCCAUUUCCCCAUAUCUCUCCGGACCCCCCAGAAGCCUGUCUCUCUACAGUUAUUUAAUGCCUGUGUCAGAUCUACUGUAAAAGAUAAAGUACAAUACAAUGAGAGAUUAUAUACAUAUAUACAUAUAUAUAUCACACACCCAA